ACUCCAGUACGCCGAGUGCGAGUUUUUAUAACUACUCGAUCGCGUUAACGUAAACGCGGAUUUGUAUGGGAUUGAAACAGCGCCAUCUGGUGGCAGUAUUGUGAAUUACAAUUAGCGAGUGCGAGUUUAACUCUCUCGAUAGCGACUAUCGAAUACUAAUUCGAACGUGAGCACGUUAACGGUCGUCUUGUAGUUAGCGUUGAUUUUGCGAGUGCGAGUUUGAAUUUUGACAUUUCAUAUAGUAAGAUUACGCUAACGUCGUAGUAAAGUUAUUCACCUUAGUUUCGCUCGUGAAAGUGCCGUGAAAGGAAUUUCAAAAAAACAUUUAAAUUAAAUUAUAUUGUUAACAAUGACAGCGCGUCAUUUCUUCGCAUGGAGGUUGUUUGCAACAACGAGAGAGCAAGAUGAUCGGUAUUACAUGGCAAAUGUAUGCGCAAGAGCUCGCGUCUCAUUUGAUCCUUUGCUGGACCUCACGGAUCAAGAAUUUAGAAAUAGAUAUCGAUUCCCGAAGAAGGCCUUUAAAUUUUUGUGCCAAGAGUUAAAACGGCUUACAAGAUUAAGAUCAUCACAACGGGUUUCCUUAGAAACAAAGGUACUUACUGCUCUAUUUUUUUUUGCUUCUGGCUCAUACCAACGGCCAGUGGGAGUUGCAAAGAACCUCUCACAAAAAAUGUGCAGCGUGUACAUAGAAGAGGUAACUCAGGCUCUGACCCAUAAAAACAUAUUAAAUAAAUACAUACGAUUUCCUGACACUCCAGCUGCCCGACAAACAAUAAGCCAAAGGUUUUACACCAAAUAUGGAAUACCUGGAGUGAUAGGCUGUAUAGAUGGGUCUCAUUUUAAAAUAUUUGUACCCCACAAAGAUGAGGAACACUUAUAUUAUAGUCGCAAACACUACCAUUCACUUAACGUACAAAUGGUAUGUGAUGACGAAUACCGGAUUUUAAAUGUUAAUCCCAAAUUUGGGGGUGCCAACCAUGACUCCUUCAUUUGGGAAAACAGUGCAGUAAAUCCAUACAUGCAGUCGUUGCACCAAAAUGGAGAUGCGUUUUGGCUGUUAGGUGAUUCUGGUUACCCACAACGCCCAUGGCUAAUGACACCAAUAUUGGAUGCUGCUCCAGGCACAGCAGAAGCAAAUUAUAAUGAAAAACAUAUGACAGCCAGAGUAGUGAUUGAAAAUACAUUUGGCAGAUUGAAAAAUCGGUGGCGUUGUUUACAUAAGGAUAGAGUUCUGCAUUAUAGACCAGUCAAAUGUGCAAGAAUUAUACUGGCCUGUUGUGUCUUAUACAACUUAGGUCUCAAUUUUGGCACUACAAAUAUGGAGGAUGGAGAUGAAAACAGAGAUCUGAUACACGACUCGCAGAGGGAUGAAAAUGUAUAUUCUCAAACUGGGGAAUCCACUGACUUAUUAAGAGGUAGAGUAUUGAGAGAACAAUUAGUAAGAAGAAUGCAAUAAAUGAAUUUGUAUUAGAUAGUAGAAGUUGCCUGUAAAUAGUUGACGAGAUACUUGUUUUCAUAUUUUGUAAAAUUAAAUCCUUUUAUGAUUGUGUCAUUACAUAAAGUUCUUCUAUGUUUAAAAAUAUAUCUUGUAUGUAUAUAUGUGAUAAAUAAAAAAUCUUUUUAUUUAUG